GAGAGAGAGAGAGAUGGCUUGUGUUGCUUUGAGCUCUCUCAUGGCAACAAUGGAGUUGGAGUUUCUGCAACCCAGUCCAAGGGUUUCUCUUGAUGAUGAAGCAUCUAUAUCAGUGGAAUCUUUGUUCGAAAAUCUUUCAUCUUUGCAAGCUUUUGUGCAGGAGAAAUCCGGGGGUGGCGCUGCGAUAAGAGAUUUAGAAAUCAAGAUCAGAGACUUUGCACUUCAUGCUGAGGACCGCAUCGAAAUACAACUAAGCAACUUCGUUCUGGCCAAUUCCAAAGACACACAGGAUCAACAAAAAGCUUCCCAGCAACUCCACCAAAUCUUGGGAGAAGCAGCAGAAAACGCAGCAGACUUGCUGCAAAUCAUAAUCAACCAAGCUGAUGAUGAGGCCAAUGAAAGUGGUCAACCACUAAUUCCUUGGUUAAAACAAAAUGCGGCUUUGGAGCCCAGUAAUGAUACAUCCUUACGGCAUUCUUCAAUGGUCGGUCGUGGCCGUGAUCAUACGAUGAUAAAGGACAUACUCCUCUCGGCCGACCGUAAUCUAAGAGUAAUCUCAAUUGUUGGGAUGCCUGGCAUCGGAAAGACAACUUUAGCCAGAAGUGUCUUUAGAGAUCGAUCAAUUGCAUGGCGUUUCGGUGUACGAGGUUGGGUUACUAUGUCUUGGGGAUAUACUGCUAGCCAAAUGCUACACCAGCUUCUUUGGACAAUAGCAGAGCCAGAUGAAAUUAAAAAGGGAAGCAUUCCAGAUGAUCUAGCAGCUGAGCAGGUAUACAAUUUCUUGAAACAUAAGAGGUAUCUAAUUGUUUUGGAUAACUUAUGGAACAAUGAAGCUUGGUAUGAUAUAAGAAGUUGUUUUCCUAAUGAUUAUAGUAAAAGUCGCAUAGUGCUAACAACUACCCAUUUCAGCCGGAGUUCUACUGACCCAUAUAACUAUAUUCAUAACAUGACUUUGCUAGAUCCGGAAGAAAUUUGGGAUAUAUUUUGUAAUAACCUUUCUCUGGAACAUACGCCACCUAAAUAUGAAAACAUUAGGAGCCAAGUUGUAGAGAAAUGUGAAGGAUUGCCACACUCAAUUGUUGUAGUUGCACAACGUAUGUCUAAGUGUGACAACAUACAUCAAGAAUGGAAGAGAGUCGAGAAGGAAUUAGAGUUGAUUGGAUUUCUAGAUAGCAAAGCGCUCACCUUCAGUUACAAUCAAUUGCCGCAACCUUUGAAAGUUUGUUUUUUAUACUUUGGAGUCUUUCCAAAACGUAGUGCAAUCAAAGUCAAACAACUUAUUAGAUUAUGGACUGUCGAGGGAUUUGUGAAGCCAUUGGAGCACGAGGGGUUAGAAAAUCAGGCUUAUGAGUAUUUACAAGAGCUUAUUGAUAGAAGUCUUAUUUUAAUUGACACUCGGAGUUCUGAUGGAAAAGUUAAGACUUGCAGGAUGCAUAGUGCCUUGCAUAGCUUUUGGGUAAGAGAAGCUCAAAAAGAGAGUAUUUUUUGUGCGGUAAAUACUCGACAAUAUCCACAAGGGUCACUUAACAUGUUUGCAAAUUCAUGCCGUUGGUUAAGUUUAUACAAACAUAGUUUUGACUAUUAUGUAUUGUUCAAAACAAACAACCCUCGCUCUGUUUUCUUCUUUCAAGAAGAUGCUGAAAUAUAUGUACCUUUCAAGUUGCUAAGAGUUUUGGCUUUUGUUCCAUCUUCAUUUCUUCAGAGAGUGCCAACACGCUUACAUGAUUUAGUUUUUUUGAGAUACCUAUAUGUAUCAGAAUGGUUUGAGGGGCUUAAUGAUGUAGUGUUAGCCAAUCGAAACUUGCAGACACUUGUUGUUUCUAGUAAAGAAUCCCAACUUGGAACACCUACUUUGCAUUUGCCUUCUACAAUUUGGGAGUCACGACAAUUACAACAUCUUGAACUUGACAAAUCUUAUGCAAUUGAUCCUCCAAGCAUGGAUAAAGAUAAUAUGCAAACAUUAUCUUGGUUGUGUCCAACUCAUUGUAGAACAGAAGUAUAUUCUAGGUUUCCAAAUAUUAAAAAAUUGAAAAUGUUUGUAUUUGGCAGCAAUCCUAUUAUUUUGGAUAAUCUUGAAUAUUUGGAACGACUUGAGAGGCUAUCAAUUUCAGUUUGGUUUGGUUGUGCUGUAACCCUUCCAAAACCAUCUAUGUUUCCUUCACAACUAAUGAAGUUGAGGUUGAAUGGUGCUAACCUUUCAACGAUGGAUUUAAUGGUAAUUGGCAUGUUGCCUCAGCUUGAGGUUCUCAAGUUGGAAAAUGCCUUUUAUGGGGAAGUAUGGGAAGUAAAAGAAGGUUUUUUUGGAUUAAAAUUCUUGCUUCUUGAAAAUAAAAAGCUCAAGCAAUGGAUAGUUGGUGAAGGUUCGUUUCAAUGUCUUAAGCACUUAGUCCUAAGAUUUUGUUAUUGUUUGGAAGAAAUCCCUAUGAUUAUGGAAGAUAUUGAUACCUUGGAGUCAAUUGAGUUGCAGCAGUGUUGUCCUUCCAUCAUCACUUCUGCCGAGUGUAUUCUAGAAUCUCAACGCGAUGCUGGAAACAAUAUUUUAGAGAUCAAAAUAAUGGGACCUGAAUAUGAUGAAUCACAAGAGUCUGUACCUUGAAGCAGUUUGGGUUAACAGUUGAGUGAUCAUCUCAUAUGCUAAAUCACAAGGUAUGUUGCAUUAGAAUAUGAAGAAGAAAGCAGGGACUACUAAUAGCAGUGAAGCCUCAAAGCCCAAAGAGAGACACAUUGUUUCUUGGUCUCAGGAGGCAUAGAGGAUAUUUGGCAACAGAUGGACAGA